AUGCAGGAGACACAUACUCCUGAAGGUCGUCGCUUAGAGGGUCGUAUUCCAGUCCGCGAAUCCCCGGGACGAGCCGCGUUCAUUGGGCCAUACCACGUGUUGGGGCCGCGAACGACCCAGCGCGCGCAAGCUAGCGCUAUCGUUGACAGGGAUCUCAGCCCCAAAGCCCCAAAUACGUUUCAGAUUGUGCCGGGUACCAAGGCGUAUUUUUCCAGCCAGGCGGUUCAUCCUCAUAAUUGGGAGGUUGGAAUGUGCGUUCACCAGCUGAUCGUCCUUAGCGGGAGCCGUGAAUAG